GGCGGCGGAGCCAGGGUGCCCCUCGUGCGGCGGCCGCAUGGGGCGGGCGGCGGUGGCGGCGCGGGGCGGUCCGGCGGCGGGCGCGCGGCGAGGGGUCCCGGCGCGCCCCCGCCCACCCGGGGGGCGCGACUGAAGGAGGCGGCGCGGCUGCCCGGGCACAGGUGCGGCGGCGCGGGCGGGUGCGUGUGGAGCGCCCUCCUCCCGGCGGCGCUCGGCGGGGGAUGUGCCGGCCGCCGGGGGCGCGCCGCCCGUGGGAAGCGCGCUCCUAACGCCACCUGGGCGCCGCGGGGAGCGCUCGGCGCGGAGCGGGCGGCGCGGAGUCGCCGGGAGCCGGGCAGAUCUUGAUGGUAAUGGCAAAGGCUUUCAUCAGUAUGUGGUAUAAUGGGCUACCAGUUGGAUGAUUUACAGUCAUCUGAAACAUGAUAUUUACUUCUCCUCUUCCUUGUCCAUGUCUACAUGCUGACAUACUACCAGUUUUGUUUCCAAAAGAGGAGUUCACAGAACUACACAGUGCCUGAUCCAGCUAGCCGAUUUGAUGUUCCUCACUGGACCAUACUAUGUCAGAGAGUCACAAUGAUCAUGCAAAAUAACAGUUCAGCCUCGCCCCUGUUUUCAAAUGUGAGCUCCUUCUGGAAGAGUGAUUCACACGGACUGAGACUACUUGAUGAAGCAGCAUCGCUCAUUGGCAGCUAUGAUUUCCCUCAGACCACAGAGAGUUUUAAGUUCUCCACUGUGGAACCAGCAAACAUGUCCCUAAAUGCCACGAGCAAAGACCCUCUGGGUGGACACACUGUCUGGCAAGUUGUUUUGAUUGCUUUCCUCACUGGGAUUCUUGCACUGGUCACCAUCAUAGGAAACAUCCUGGUGAUUGUUGCAUUUAAGGUUAACAAACAACUGAAAACAGUUAACAACUACUUCUUGUUGAGUCUUGCUUGUGCAGAUUUGAUCAUCGGUGUUAUUUCCAUGAAUCUUUACACUACGUACAUCAUCAUGGACCACUGGGCUUUGGGAAACUUGGCCUGUGACCUUUGGCUCUCCAUUGACUAUGUUGCCAGUAAUGCCUCUGUCAUGAAUCUCCUUGUCAUAAGUUUUGACAGGUAUUUUUCCAUCACUAGGCCACUUACGUACAGAGCCAAACGAACAACCAAAAGAGCUGGGGUGAUGAUUGGUUUAGCAUGGAUCAUCUCUUUUGUUCUUUGGGCCCCUGCCAUCUUGUUCUGGCAGUAUUUUGUUGGGGAGAGGACUGUGCCUCCUGAUGAAUGUUAUAUCCAGUUUCUAAGUGAACCUAUCAUCACUUUUGGCACUGCCAUAGCUGCCUUUUACUUGCCAGUCACCAUUAUGAGUAUUUUGUAUUGGAGGAUCUACAAGGAGACCGAGAAACGCACCAAAGAGUUAGCAGGGCUACAAGCUUCAGGCAGCGAAGCAGAGGCAGCACAUUUCGUACACCAGACAGGCAGCUCCCGGAGCUGCAGCAGCUACGAGCUGCAACGGCAGAGCAUGAAACGCUCCACCCGAAGGAAAUACAGACGCUGCCACUUCUGGCUCACAAUGAAGAGCUGGGAACCCAACACAGACCAGGGGGACCAAGAGCACAGCAGCAGCGACAGCUGGAACAACAACGACGCUGCUGCCUCCCUUGAAAAUUCAGCUUCCUCUGAUGAAGAAGACAUCGCUGCAGAGACCAGAGCCAUCUAUUCAAUCGUGCUGAAGCUUCCUGGUCACAGCGCCAUCCUCAAUUCCACAAAACUACCCUCCUCAGAAGAUUUGCAGGAGUCAGGGGAUGAACUGCAGAAAUCCGACACAGAACUGAAGGAAAAGAAACCUAAAAAACUGCACCCUCCCAAAAGUGUUCCGGAUGGUGGAAAUUUCCAAAAGAGUUUUUCUAAGCUUCCAAUUCAGCCAGGGUCAGCAGAGACAACCACAGCUUCUGAUGGCAUCUCAUCAGUGACCAAGACAUCUGCAGCCCUGCCCUUGUCCUUCAAGGAAGCAACCCUGGCAAAAAAGUUUGCCGUGAAGACCAGAAGUCAGAUCACAAAGCGAAAACGAAUGUCACUAAUCAAAGAAAAGAAAGCGGCACAGACACUCAGUGCCAUUUUGUUUGCCUUCAUCAUUACCUGGACCCCAUAUAACAUAAUGGUUCUCGUGAACACCUUUUGCAAUUGUAUCCCCAAAACUUUCUGGAACCUGGGGUACUGGCUUUGCUACAUCAAUAGCACAGUGAACCCCGUGUGCUAUGCACUGUGUAACAAAACAUUCAGAAACACUUUCAAGAUGCUACUGUUGUGCCAGUGUGACAAACGAAAACGACGCAAACAGCAGUAUCAGCAAAGGCAAUCUGUCAUUUUUCAUAAGCGGAUCCCUAGGGAGGCUUCAUAGAAUAGUAUUUUUUAAACAGUCAAAGUAAAUAACAAAGUGAGGAUGGGAUGGGAUGGGAUGGGAUGGGAUGGGAUGGGAUGGGAUGGGAUGGGAUGGGAUGGGACAUGACAGGAUGGAAUGAGACAGGAUGAGAUGGGAUGGGAAGGGACAGGAAGGGAUAGGAUGGGUUGGGGUGGGAGGGUGGUUCCAGGGUGCUGAUUCAAACAUUUAAAUGUCAAGACGUGAAAGCAGCUGCCAGGCUUACGUAUCCUUUUAAUAAAUCCAGUUUAAUAUAAAACUCAAGUCUGCAUUCAGCAAAAACUAUCAAACUUCAACAUUUUUACCAAGGAAUGAAAGACUUAAUAAAGUUUUCCUACACAUUUUCAAGAAGCUGUAUAGCAAUUAUAAACCCAUUACUGAUCUGCCCAGCUCUUGAUUAUAAUCAGCUCUGGGAUCUCAGGUAAGCACAUCUAGCUAGCCCAACUCUUCUGUUUCCAAGGAAUCCAACAACUUUCGAUUCAAGUCACGUACAGACGUAGCAAGCUGGCGAAACAGGAUUAGGAAAUUAUUUGAGACACUGUAUAGGUUGCAAAAUUGCAUCUGUUGUCCAGGUAGAGCUUCCUGUCUACUUCUCUUCUGGUGUAUUGUUAAUUGUACCCUUGAUUCCUGAUUAUCGACUAUCUAUGUGUGCAGCUCAUGUUAUAUAUAUGUGUGUGUGAGUGUGUAUGUAUGUGUAACAUACAUUCACACCUCUAAAAUCCACACAUGCCAGGAAAGAGGUGAUCUAUUACUCUAGGUUUUACAGGACUCCCAAUCAUUAUUACUUGUGAGUGAAAUUUUAAAAAAAGAAAAAAAAUCAGAGAAUCUUAUUAUAAAUAUAUCUCAUUAGUUGCCACCUGAAAUUCAAAUUUAUCUUUGAAACCAAAACGUGGUGUUCACAUUUCAAAUGGAUACAACCAAAGCAUAGCCUGUGAGCCUAACAGUCUACAGCAUUUUAUAAUGGGGCGCAUGCCCAGUAAAACCUUAAUCUUGAGCACAGUAUCUCUCCCCAAAGUGAUGACACCUCUUUAAAAGAUCUGAAGGUGAAAGGAAUUGAAGGCUACAUACAGGGCGGAGUAUGAAUUCACAUUUGCAGGGUGUAGGAUGGUGAGAUCCCACAUCUGGGCCGCACAUCGCUGAUGCUCAAGGGGAGUUCUCAGGCCCAGGCGGGCGCAGCCAUGAGCGGGAGCCCUGUAUCGUGCUGGGUGGCUCCGCUGCUCUAGGGGCACACAUGGACACUGCGACACCUUGUCUUGAGUGGCACCGUGUGGAUGCGCCAGCCUUCUGAGAGCCACCUCAGUUGCAAUGCACACUGUCUGUACAGCUUCCAGGGAAAGAAAGUUCCAGUUGUAAUCUGUCUAAACUUGGUGGAGUCCCGCCUGUUUCUCUAUCUGCCCUGGUGAUCUUCAGAUGUAAAAGAUUUGUGUAAAAGAAAUGCUUUAUUUUUGUACAUGAAGGACGCUCACUAAACAGUGUUUCUUUUCCAGAAUCUGUUUUAAAAGUCAUCAGGAGAAGUGCACCUAAAUCCAUUUAAUGCCAGGUUCUUCAGUAUGUGAAAAAUGUGGAUAUUGCUAAUUUGUAACCUGGUGAUUUUUGAUAAAGAAAAUUUUAAAAGGGCUUUAAUAUUUAUAGCUUAGACAUUACCAGUAUUUCCUGGUAUUUGUGAUGUGGUCUGCACCAAACAGAGUGUGAUUUAUAAAAGUCAGAGAUCCCCUGGGGAAAAGAUUGUACUUUAAACUAUUGUUCUAAAUUUGAUUUAGUUACAUGUUGAAAGAUAAUUUUGUAUUCUCCUUUGAAUUGACCAAAACCUUUUUUUUUUAUUGCUUAGACUCUUACUUUGCUGAAAAUAAAUUAAAACAAAUAUCGUCUUUUACAAUGGGGCGUCAGUGUUGUGAACACAGAACUGAUGUAAAAGCUGCUUUUGUAUUCAGUGUGAGAUGGUGUUUACAGAUGAUUUUGACAACAGUGGAAAUAUAUUAAAUGGUGUCUGUGUAUCUGAACUAUUUAAUUUUGUGUUAUGUUCAUAUGAAGAAAUAUUUAUACAUACUUCACCAAAUGUUUUAUUUAAUGUUGAUAAAUAUUGCUCUUUGGUCUUCAGCUGUAGUGUCCUUUUAAAGUCAUUCAUAAAGGUCUGCUUGAGAAAUGAAUAGAGUAUACAUAGCUUUCUUGUCACUAAAACAAAUACUCUUGACAUACAAAUCUUUCUUUACUAUGAGUUGUUUGAAAUGUCUACCUAAAGGUAAGCUUGUAAAUGAUAUUGCAAGUCUGCUGCAAGCUUCAUCUUUAAGUCAGAAGUGCAUUUUGACCUAAAGAUACCCAGAAUUGGUUUAGCAGUUUGGUAGCCACAUACAAGCAAAGACUCACAAGGCACCCAUGUUGCAAAGAAAAAUAAUGACCUUUCUUUAUAGAAAGAAGCAUGUAUUAGAAAUAUAUUCAUUACUCAAGUUGACCUAACUAACGUUUUAACAUUUAAAUAUAUAUCUAUAUCUAUAUAUAUUGCCAUAUUAUUAUCUUCUGAUAUCUAGAGUAGUGCUGUGCCCCUAAUACACAAAAUGUGAGAGCAUGUAAGGAAGCCAGAGUUCAUCAGGGGGAUUUAUGGUAUAUUAGUAUUGAUUUUACAAUGGGAACCUAUUAUUUUUAAUGAAGUUAAGCUUCCUUGAAAGCAGCUGUCAGCACUGUUUACAUAAAAGGAAGAGUUAAACCCUUGGAUUGUUUUAACAGAAAUAAACAACCUGUCUUUUGAUGUGUGAACAGGCUUUAAAAUGUUAUUUACAAGCAUCAUAAAAUGUGUAUGUAUGCACAUAUUGUAGCAUUGAUAAGUUUAGUUAUUUUUAUAAUGGAAUAUGCACUAUAAAAUAGUAAGAAUUUGGCUGUGUUACAAGUACAGUGGGGGUCAAAUUAAUUUGUAUUUUGUAUGUCUAUAAUUGUUUGCUUUAAACCCAUGCACACCCAAAACCAAAAUUCGCUAUAUGCACAAAUGGAUAUAUUAUUUAGGAACACAGGCGCACAAGAUAGGUUGCAGAAGAAGAACAAUAAAAGACCGAAAGGUAGAAUCUGACAGGGCACUACUUUUAAGAAGUGCAAAUGAUGUAAUAUGUAAUCUAUUUUGAGGAAAAUUAAGUCAGAAACAUGAUAGAAAGCAUCAUUCUGAGAGCAGACAAACAGCUCAGUCCCAUUAACACUCCUCAGAUGGAAAGCUGCCUUUUCAGAGACAAGGCAUCAUCCCCGUUAAUUGCAAUAAUACAAGAUUAGACUUCAUAUGAAGAGGGUCAAAAAUCAGAAGCUAUAGCCAGACAGGAGCCAUUGGGUUGUCUGGAGAAAGCUUUGUAAAAUACAACCCAGUUACUGUCAGCCUCUGAAUGGCCCUAAGACAACAAAAUAUAAUAUGUGCUUGGACUUCUUGAUGUAAAAUAGCGAUAGACGUUUAUUGCUUCUGUUCCAGUGUAGGCUGCAAGAAAUGUCUGAUCCAAAUAACCAGGGACAGGUGUCACGGUGCAGGAAACACUUUAUCCUACCCCAAAAUAACACAUUUCCUACAAUCUAAACUGCAGAUCAGUGUGUCGCUGUUCUAAAGCUGAGCAAAUACAGGAAAGGCCUGAGCAGUUCCCAGAAUCUAAACCUGUGGAGCUACAUAUCCUGAACAAUAAAUGGCUGAAAGGAAUCUGGCAGUCGUGUGAGGAUACCCACACAGAUGUUCUGAGGCAGUUAGUGACCCUUCCCGAUUAUGUACAACUUCACUUUUUUAUUUUGUUGUCUUAAGUAUUAUAUUUCCCAACUUCUUCUGCAAGAAUAUUCUAAAAAGUCUUGGCCUGUUAUCCACCUUGUAUUAUAUAAGAGAAUACAAGUCCCAAAGUACACUCAGUUUGCCUCUAUAGAAUGCAAACAUCAAAGCAAAAGGAUAUUUUUUUUAUUUUUUUUUAUUUUUUUUUUCUUGAUCAGCAGCAUCAGUAAUUUUGAAUAUACAGUUAUUAUCAGGCUACCAUACAUACAAUAGGGGUAGUCCUGGAGUAUCAUGCUAAUCUAUUUAUAAGCUGCAUUUCACUUGUCCCCAAGACCAUCAGACUAUUUAUAUAGGUCCUUAUUGGCAGAAACUGUCUGUACCACAUGGUGGCUGGUCACCAAGCCUGACUGGGGGUAACCUGCCCCUGAGGACAUUCUGACGAGUCUCCACUAGCCUGAACUUCAUCCAGUUUAUGAAUCAUUGUUCAUUUUAAUGCAUUUGAAAAUUUCUAAAGGCACACUAUCUCUUUUCACAAACUGCUUCCAGCUUCUGUGAUUUUCUAUUUUAUAUAUUCCUUCUAUCUUUCAUGUAUUUACCCAUAAAAAUACCACUGCACUUGCUUCUGGGAGCAGGUCAAAGUGAUUAUUUGUAGAUUGCUUCUUUUUAACCUGAAGAAUAUAUGCGGAUGUCUGGUGGAGUUGAGGAGUUCAUAGCGAUGGCUGUCUUCUCUGUCUUGUGCACUGAACUCCGAUGAUACGCAAACACUUCUAUUUGGAAGCUUAGCUAACGCAUGUAUGAAAUUUGGGGUUUCACAGAAUUUAAAACCUUAUUUAAUUAGGAUUUUCUUCCUUGUAUCAGGCAUAGAUCAUUUGUAGGUUCUGCACUUCUCUAUUUCUGCUUUUAGGAGCUGCCAGACAAUAUUGUGGAAAAUACUAAUUUGUAAUGCCGGGCAUUUUUGUGCUUCGUCUUUUAAGAUAAGCAGACAGGGGAGAGCUAAGCCAAUUGUGCUGUUUGUUGGAAACAAGUUGAGUAUGAAUAGAGAUGUUUGGAACCAUACACUAUGUUUAUUCUGUUUCGCGCAGGGUAGCACCACAAUUGGCUGAGAUUGAACAUCACAGUAUUUGAUGUCACCAACAGGUCUCCACAGUCUUAAUUGUCAAACUUAUUAACUGUGCCAUACAGGCAUUCAGGACUUUGGCUAGUUUUCACCACCCACAUUAUACAUUCAAAAUAUAACAUAGAUUGUUUGGGUUUUUUUUUUUCUUAAGAAAGGUUGUUAUUUCUAGGUACUAUCCUGGAUGUGGUUGAAGAUUCUUUUUCUUAAAUUUAAAUAAUAAAAUGGCUGUGGGGAGUUUCAGUUAGCCCUGACACAGCUUGUUUAAUGAAAUGAGUACAGGUAACACAAGAAAAUAUUAAGAUAAGUGCUACUUAUUUAAUGGUUUAUUCCAACAUGUAUCAUCUGGUAUUCAUGUUGUACCAAUACAUCUCUAUGCAUUAUGUAUAUCUCAGAAGGAUAACAUAUGUAUGACAUAGUACUGUAUAAGUACAUAAAGAGAGACACACGCACAUCUAGAGCAAUGUAUACAAAUGUAUAUACAAACAUACGCUGAAGUUGUCAGCCAUAGUAAACAUUGCCUUUGAUGCCUCACCAGUUGUAGCUGGACAGUGGAACUAUGUUUAAGUCUACUCUGCUUAGCUGCAAGAAAAGUGUUCAUAUCUUUCUGCAGUGCAUAUUUUUCCAAAUGCAUUGUCUUAAUUUCUGAAUGUGUUUUUUCAGUGUGUUUUGCUGGCUCUUCAGGCAUUACACAAAAUUUAGAAAUGUAUGAUCAGAUUUCACUUAUUGAGCUAUUGCAUCAAUACCGCACUAUGUUUAACUCCAUCAGCUUAAUCAAAAUCGUUCUGGCUUUGCCAGAUAGGAAUAUAAAAACCUCUCUUUCUAACAGUAGAUUCUAUCUACGUUCACAUAAGAGAAAUAGGGUUCCCAAAUUCCUACAUUCACAUGAAUAUCACUUUCAGUUUCUCAACCUGAGUACAGGAAUCCAGCCACUAUUAAAACAGUUUGAGGCAAGUGUCACCAAUAUAUAAAGACAAAAUAAAUCAAGCCACUACUGCAAAUUAUUUAAGGGAACAAGAACAGCACCCCUACCAGUAGCAAUGACAGGAAAAAAUUAUCACCCUCCCUCAUCCCAUCCUCUUGCUCUGCCCUUUCUGUUGCAUGAAAUAAUACUUUUCAUUUGCCAGCCCCACAGAUGGAAUUGCACAAGCUUUAAAAACCUCAUUUGCCUGGUAGGAGUGUGUAAUGCACAGUAUAUCUAGAUCAUUCAUCCUUUUCUCUUUUUUUUUAACAAUAAAACCUUGACUGAGUUUAACUGGGAUGUAUGAUUUGGACUGAGGAAAAGUCUUCCAAAAAUGGCGAUAAAACCAUUCAGCUCAACUGUGAUGAGGAGAGCUAACUUUUUUUCCAAGCUAUUGAAGCUGUACAACUUAUUUAACUUGGCAGAAAGUGUGGAAAAAAAAAAAAAGACAUUUAAAGUUUUUAUAGAUGUGAACAUUCCCCCUGCAUAAGGGUGAAUAAGCACAUGCAAACAGUGCCCAAAAAAGUUCAGCAUAUGAAUGACUCUGUAAGCCAAAAGCACGUGUCACCAUCAGCUACUCUGUUGGCACAGCAGCCUGACCACCCCACUCAGGCCUGUGUGAAGAAAUCCAUAUGAUAGCAGUCUCAGACUAAGUAACUAGGCGUUAAUAUAAAAGCAGGUUUUGUUCGUCUGGGUGUAUGUGUGUGCACGUAUGUGCAUUUUCCAGGAACUGGAUGGGACGUUUUUACUCUCUCCAGGACAAAAGUUAUUUAGUGCUUUGUCUGGAAUGGAAGAAUGCCUGAAAUGCUCUCAUAAUCAUUACCUGACCGUAGCUAAUAAUCAGAAAAGCACAAGACAUUACUGUGCAGAGAGAAAUUAAACUUCAAGUCAUUCAUAGGGGCAUAGUUAAUUUACCUAAAAUGCUGAAAACAUCUGAAAACUUUUACGCUCUCAUGGAAUUAAAGUCUGGACAAGAAUCUGAUUCCUUAUGUAGCUUCAAAGUAUCCAGUCCUCUUGAGACUUAUUUUUCUUCUGGAUUGAAAUCUUUGCGUAACAAAGCAACUGUAGUCACUCCUCAAAUACUGCCUCAUCUAGAGAUGUCAAAGGGCUGAGGAAAUGACCUUCAUUAAUUUGUGCUUAAUGAGUCCACUUUCAGAAGUAGUAUUGUUGUGGCACAGGCCAGAUAACACCACGAGGAUGAAAGAUAUAAUCCAAUUUACUUUGAAUCCUGCACAGUGCUGCACUCUCCGUUAUGUGGGCACAUCACAUGCGUAGCAUUUCCUGACACUCAGGACUUUGCUCCACUCAUUGUUUUCACUUUUCAUAUGGAUUCAGUCCCCUUCUAUUGAGUCUACCUAUUCAAUAUAUGCCAUUUUUUAGCACUUGCAAAAUUAUGUUUAAACAAACGUAGCUACAGUGGCUUUUUUUUCCUCCAGUGGCGUGAAUGUUUCUGAUUCAGAAAUACAUUCAAUUUGCUUGCCUCAUAUCUUCAUUUACGAUGUUUAUUUUACAACUGAUUGUUAUGAGGACAAAACCUUUCCGCUGUUCAUACUGGAAGUAUCUCUGAGUAAAUAUUUCACUCUUUUACUCAAAAUGAGUGUGGUUUCUUGAUCAUAGGCUAACCUGAAUUAAAACUUCUGUAUAUGAGGAUAUAGCAGGCUUUAUCUCCUGCUCUGCCCACACACUUCACUGAAUAUGAUGGAGGGUCCUUUCAGACUUGUUUUCAAAAUAGUACUGCCAAAGUAGUUGUGCAUUUCCUCACAGCUGUUGGUACUCUCUGAGAAGACCUGAGCUCAUGCAUUUUGCUCCCUGCUGUGAGACAGGAAUUAUCAGUAUGAAUAACUAUCACACAGCUGAAUGCAAGAGAUACUUAAUCUAAUAAGCACAUAUGCUAUUUCUUUUCUUUUUUUUUUCUUUUCUUUUUCUGCGUAUUGACUGACGCAGUAUCCAUCGUUAGAAGUGAAAUACAAAGUCAGACUACAGAUUCAUGUCUGCUCUUGUAAGCAAGCUGCAUAGGGAGGGAUCAUUAAAAUCAGUGUACUCAGUGCACAGAAGUGCCUAUUCAAAAGUUAAAUCUUAAAAAAACAUGAAUUGCCGUUCAUUGCUAUCUGAAAGAACUAAGAAAAUGCUAAAUACAAUGUGAAGUUUUGCAGCUGUAAGCUGUAGACGUUAGAAUAGGUCAGUGAAGGACACAUGAUUUUUUUCUCACACUCUUCCUGGGUUUCUGGAGGUGUCCCCUCACCCAUUUGACUCUUACCCCAAUUCCUCCUGCCUCAGUGUUGACCAACAGUCACGGGACUCCUGCCCAGUGCAAAACUGGAAAUGAGCUCCUGCCCCUUCCACCCUGCCGCGGGAAGGGUGUGGGCCACACCGCUCCAGACAAGUUGUUACAAGAAAGACUCAUAAGCUUCCUGCUUCUAUUUGGAGAUAGCGGGUAUUUUUGUGAUAGUAAUAGAGAUAACAUUACAGGGAUCUGAUGAACAUGGUUUAUGUGUUUCCUGAUAUGUUUUUCUGUUCCUGUGACUUGAAAGCUUCCUGUGCCAUUCUUCUGAUUGCAGAGCAAAACAAGUUCCAGAGAAAAGGUCUUCAUAUAUAUAUUUUUAGGCUUGAAUAUUUUAAACAAAUUGACAUUUUCCUGUUUUUUUCUGACUCUGAAGUAUUUGGACAAACUACAUGCAAUAAUUAUAUGGCUCAGAAAUGGCUUUCGUAAAAAGGGAUUUGUAGUUUUACUCCCUAUCAAACACUUAUUUUCUCCAGCCAAAAGCAGUGGAGCUGAACUUAGUGUAAACUGAUGAAACAAUUAGGAAGCAGUAGAAAGGAGACUGACACCUUCUGCUACACAAAAAGUCAGUGCUGGGGCAUUCACUCACGGUCUGGUGUUUAUUGAUGUACUCAGAGCCAUCCAUUCAGAUACUAUAUAAAAUAUUAGCAUUUUUAAAAUCAUUGGCCAAGCUCAUCUUUUUUUGCUAACAGCUGCUUUACUGCAUAGCAGUUCUUCUGCUGACUAAUUAAAUUCUGUGUCUUGGUAAACUCUCAGCAGGAAUAAUCAGUCCUACCUAAUACUUAUGGCAGUUGGCAAAACACAAGCUAUUUAAUUGGAAGAAUAGAAGUGGAUAAUGAUGAAGAGCAUUUUUUUUCCUUGGUAGCAGUGUUUCAGAGGAAUUUCUCAGUUAAUAAAAACAAGAGUAAAAGACAACAUACAGAUACAGAUACAGAUACCAAUGCUUUUGUAGGCAUCCUCCCCUCUGGAGUGACCACCAGCACUGCCGUCCUGAGGGCAGAAGGCGGAUGGCCAUGUGUUGAUAGAAAAAUGAAUAUGUUGGCCCAGGUCAGGUGUCCUACAAGCUCACAUUUCUCCUUUCACUGCAUGGGUAUCAGCCCAAAAUGUGCUGUCAAAAGUUGGCUCCCACCGACCUAUCAUGGUGGAACAUUGUGCUCUUAAGAGAUUUUCUCCUGCCAAGAUGCUUUAACAUAUUUUUUUUUUUAAUUUUAUUUUUUUAUAUAUGUAUAUAUAACCCUCUACAUAAACCUAAUCAGGUGGCACCUUCCCAUGUGGAACUUUCCUUGAAAAUAUAUUAUUGUAAUCUACAAAUGAAUUUUUACCCUGUAUGCCCCUGAUAACAAUUACAUUAAUAUAAGCUGAUAAGCUCAUUUCUUUAGUUGCUGCUCAUAGAGUGGCUUGCUAGUUAAGAUAAAAAGAAAUGAUGCGAUAUAAAAGUCAUAUCUGAUUGUACAAUAAUACACUGUGUGCCAAGCAGUUGGUGAGGUAAGGUUUACAUAACCACUAGGAGUUGCUUGAACUUUUGAGAUAUAUUUCCAUGUCCUUUUUUCCUCUCUGAACCCAAUGCAGGGGCAGAACACAGAGCAAGCAAUUAAGAAAAAUGUAAUUGCUUUGAUUAAAGUAAUUUGAGAUUAGACAUUGCAAGAGGGGUAAACAAUCUAGAGAAAUAGUUUGAAACUCUUCAUCAUGCAGAUCCUUUCCUUUGGAGAAAAUGUAAUUCUCCUCAGUCUGGGAGGACUCUUUAGAUGUAGAUUUGUAGGACGAGAUUUUCACUCCAUUCGUGUGCUACAAUAUUCUUUGGCUGCUAUUAAUUCACUUAAUGACACAGCCAGUUGCUCAGUGAAAUUGCUCUGUGCUCUCUUAGCAGCAGCAAACGCCAGCCUUUCCUAGGGGCUGAUCCAAGCCCAGCUCCAGCUGAUGGAAAGACUCCCAUUGUGCUUUGGAAUUGCACAUUUUCCUCCCAGCCAGGCAGGAGGCAGCCGGGCUACUGCACUGUGCUGUGGGGCUGCGCUGUGUGGCCUCUCCUCUUGCGUCCCAAACCUCCACCCCCACGUCCCGCACCCUCCUUUCACUGGGCACAAGCGUGCAGAGGAAAUCUCUGGGAGAACACAGAGCAAGCACAGUGAGCCUCAGGGGCCGUGUAUCUCCUUCCAGCUCUCUUCCUCCUUCCUGCUGCCUGAGGACAACAUAGUCACACAACAAAAAUGGCAGCUUCCAAAAUUAUUUGCAGCUUAAUUGUAAUCUGCAGUGGCCUUUAUUCCCAACAGCAUUAGAGAAGAAUAGAAAGGAGGAGUUGCUUGUCUCUGGCCUAUUUAUGACUUUUUUUUCUUUCACUUUUAAAUGAUGUAUAUAUAUUUUUAUAUAUAUGCUGAUUUAGCUGAAAUUGAAUUAAGUUUUUCACAGUAUUUAGACUUUUCUUUUUAGUAGCUAGCACAGUCUUUUGGUUUGGAUUUAGUAUGAGAAUAAUGUGAUAGCACUGCUUUUUCCCUGGGAUAGAGUUCAUGUUUUCUUGCCAGUAACUAGACUGUGUUUUGGAGUUGGUGUGAAAAGAAUGCGAGAACUUAUUGAUAUUUUGGCUGUUGCCAAGGAGACCAGUGACUUUUUCCAUCUUUCCAGCUGCAGGUGUUCAUAGCAGCUGUGAGGGAGAGUAAUGAGAGAGUACCUAGAUUGACCUCAAGUUUGGUCAAUGAAAUAUUCCCUGCCAUUAGCAUCAUGCUGCAUAUGUAGCUGGAGGCAACUCUUGCAGCUAGUGAGUUCAGUUAAUUCCAUUUGGAGUUCCAUUCUGUUUGGCUUUUCUGUUAAUUCAGCCUUUUGUCACUGACAUUUUGCAGUUGGACUUUUUGCCUUUUGGCUUUUUGCUCCCCUAUUGGGAUUUGCCAUUUGGAACCAGUGUGCUCUCUUUACCAGGGUUGGGCAUCAGUCACUAGUUGGUGAGAGCAAUUCCAUUGAGUAUCACUCAUUAGAUAUAUAUUUAUAAUAAUUAUUGUCUUAUUAAACUGCUCUUCUCUCAACCCAUUAAUUUCUCCCUUCCAUUUCGAUUCUCUCUCUCAUCCCAGUUGGGGAGGGAGGAGGGUGGGUGAGCAGAUACCAUGGUCCAUGUUGCAAGCUGGAGUUAAACCUCAAACAUAUAUCAUUUCUUCGGGGGCAAGAUUGCAGGUUAUCAGUGCAACAUUCUGAUAGAUAUUUUAGCAUAUUCAGAUAAGAGAACACUCAGUCACACAAAUAAACAUCUUAGAUUUCUUUUUCCUUUCUUCCUGAAUUUGUUGCAGACAGUUUAAGACUCAACUUGGGCUAUAGAAGUGUCUUCCUGUAUUUUUGACAAUUGAGCAAUUUUCUCACAUGUGCCAGUUUGUUCAUAUUUUUUCCUUGAUCUGUUUCCUCACCAAUGGUUUCUGAAUGAGCAAACUUUUGCCCUUUUGGUGGCAUACAGAGUCUGUUUGCAUCAGCUUUGGAUUAACUAUGUUAUCUUAGGUAUCGGGAGCAAUCCAGCUGCAGUAUCUCCUUUACCUUACCUUACUUUACAGCUUGAAUUAGGCCAUCGGCAUUCUCAAUUAUCACAUGCCCACAGACAAGCGCAUUUGUCCAGUAGUUUUAAUCUUCAUAAAAUUUAAUAAAAUAAUUGUAUAUAAUUGAGAUGUUAAAAAUACAAAUCCAUAAUGCAUCCUAUUACUUUAAAUUACCAUAUCAAAUACAUCUUCUUACUAGUUCUGGGAACAAAUAUUUCUGUGCACGGCCAUGACUAGCUAUGUAGCAUAUAAUGAGAUCUAAUACAAAACAGAUAUUCUUCAAAUAUUUCAUUAAAUAAUGUGACCUAAUUCAUCCUGGCUGGACAGACUUAUUUUAGCUCAAUCCUCCUGUUAAGCCUUCUUCAAAAUUCUCAUUAGCACCAAUGGAAAUUAUAGCAAGAACAGAUAUAUCAGUCUCUUUAUAGGACAGAUAAAUAAUGCUUUGGUUUUGUAUAAUAUUUCUAGUUAAUAAAUGUAAUUAAAUUACUUAAAAUAUAAACACUCAAAGCCUGUUCUGUGCCCUCAGGGAACCCCUUUCACCAUCCCAGUGCAGUAAAGCUGCAUAUAGCAGGAUAUAUUCCACUAAUACAGUCAAAAAUAUAUGGGUGUAUAAGACAAAACAGCUUAAAAAAAAUCAUACUGUAAAUUAUGUGAUUGAGUGAAAUUGUAUGUAUAUUUUUCAAGUCUUCAGAAUAGUUGAAGUUUUAACUUAUUUCAAAUUUUUAAGUUGAAAUCUAUUCAUAUUUGGAAAUUUUGUACAACCUUGUAAAGUUAAAUACUAUGUCACUGUAAUUUAUUUUUGUUGUCAUAUAUUGACACAUGCUCAUUUAUAUAUGAAGUGUACUGUUUAUCAAUUGCUUCUAAGGCAGCAAUAAAAACAUGAAAGUUGUUCUCA